AAAGCCAUACCUGCAGAUCAUCAAAGAUCCAGAGAAGUGUCUUGGAGAUGAUCUGCCGCAGAAGACUAAUUAGUGAACGUAAGCUUAACAUAAUAUUCAACCUUCCAAUGAGUAGAAGGUAAAGACAUGAGAAUUAGAGGGGCUUUUUGUUAUGUUUUGGACGGUGGAGAUGACGUCCACACAGGGUUGAUGUGGUGUACAUGACAGGAUUAUAAAAGACACUGGUUCUUCACUUGAGGACAGAACAAGAUCAGAUGACUUCUCUUUUCACAAGCCACAAGUGGUUCCUCACCGACCUCCAGAAAGCUGCUGGGAUGGACUCUUCUAACAGGAAAGCCCUGGCGUUGCUGUUGAUGCUGUUGCUGUCUCAUGUUGCCUGUGAUGCCCACACUGUGGCCGAGUGCUGCAGCCAGCCGUCUCGGUCCUGUCGCCUUUAUGUGCUGCUGUGUCGCUCCGGAAACAGGGGAACCCUCACAGGUGACGCGGCCGCCGGCAUCCUCACUUUGGGCAAACGCUUAGAGGAUGAGCAUCGUUUGCAGAGUCGACUGCAUCAGCUCCUCCACGGCUCCAAGAACCAGGCGGCAGGAAUCUUAACUAUGGGGAAGAGGACUGAGGAGGGGGUUGGAGAACAGGAAAGUGACUGGACAAUGCAAGCAGGGAACACCAUCACAACAUCUUUACCUGUUUGAAACAAAAUACCUGAGCUUACAAACAUACUGGGACUCUGUUGGUAAAAAAUAAUAAUUAAAAAUAAUGGUGAUUUAAAUGUUUUACUCUCGUCAAAAAUCUGAUUUC